CAAUUGCCUGCCUGUGAUAAAACCAUUUUAUCCUCUACAUCAUUGCUCCUCUUUGUCAUCAGAAAAAGAUGCAAGAAACUCCGGUCAUCGUUGUCGGAGCCGGACCCUCUGGCCUCGCCACCGCGGCCUGCCUAAAUAUCCAAUCAAUCCCUUACGUACUCCUUGAAAGAGAAGACCGUUUCGCUUCUCUAUGGACAAAAUACUCUUACGACUGUCUCCACAUCCACUUACCCAAGCAAAUCAGUACUCUUCCCCACAUGCCAUUUCCUGCUAAUUUUCCCACCUAUGUUUCCAAAGACCAAUUCGUACAAUACCUACAAAGCUAUGUCUCCCAGUUCAACAUCACUCCUCUGUACCGGAGGUGCGUUGAGGAGGCCAGCUUCGAUGAGGGAAGCGGGAAAUGGGUGGUGAAGGCCAGAAACUUGAGCUCCGGUGAGGUGGAGGAAUACCUUGGGAGGUUUUUGGUGGUCGCAAGUGGAGAAACUAGCGACCCUUAUACGCCGGAGGUCGAAGGACUUGAUACUUUUCGCGGAAAUGUUUUCCAUUCGACUCUGUAUAAGAACGGAAAGGGGUACAGCGGCAAGAACGUUCUCGUUGUUGGGGCUGGCAAUUCCGGUAUGGAAGUUGCAAUGGAUCUCGCAAACCACGGUGCCAUAACAUCCAUUGUUGCUCGCAGUCCGGUUCAAGUUGUGUCAAAGAGAAUGAUAUACUUGGCAUUGGUCUUGCUGAGGUAUUUUCCACUCAGCCCGGUGGAUUCAUUGAUGAUGUUGCUUAGCAAACUUGUUUAUGGAGACCUCACCAAGUACGGACUUAGUAGGCCUAAAGAAGGUCCAUUAUUCAUCAAAGUUGCAUAUGGCAAGUAUCCAAUUGUUGACAUGGGUGCCAUUAGCAAGAUCAAGUCUGGAGAGAUUCAGGUGUUGCCAGCAAUAUCAAGCAUAAGCGGCAAUGAGGUGUUAUUUGAGAAUGGGAAGGCACAUUCCUUUGACACAAUAGUUUUCUGUACCGGAUUCAGGCCAUCCACAAACAAGUGGCUUAAGGGAGGUGACCAUUUGCUGAACGAGGAAGGGAUUGCAAAGAACAGUUUCCCUAACAACUGGAAAGGAAAGAAUGGGUUAUACUGCACUGGAUUGUCGAGGACAGGGUUUAAAGGAGCAAGUUUUGAUGCCCAGAGCAUAGCCAGCGACAUCAAAUCACUUCUGUAACACAGAAAGCUGGAAAAAGAAGGAAGUGCUUUGAUGAGUUCUAGUUUCUAUAAUGUUAUUGCUGGAUUGGUUACCUUCUGGGAGGUUGAUGUCCUGAUAAAAAGAAAUUUAUGCA